AAUUGUAUGAGUACGAUGAAGUCGAUCACGGCGAUUGUUGUGUUAACGUUAACGGUGCUGGCACUUGGUGGCCAUGCCAAGAACAUUGAGUUUAAGGUGGCCGACAAGGAUUUCCUGGUGAAGUAUAAGUUCGUCUUGGAUAUACUGCAACAUCCCUACCAGGACGAUGUGCACGUUACCAAGUAUGAUCCCAGCUUUUAUGCCUACAAGCCAUGGGAACAUGUCAGCGACUAUCAUCAUGUCGAGAAACUGGAGCACUUUUUCGAGCUGUGGCAGCAUCAUCCCUUCCAUGAUGAUCAGGUGUGGACCGUGAUGUACGAACGCCAUGAGGAGUAUGCGGUUGGACUCGUCCGUCUGUUCUACUUCGCCAAGAACUGGGAAACCUUCCAGCAUGCCGUCUUCUGGGCUCGCCAGCAUGUGAACAAACAGCUCUUUGUCUAUGCCUUCACCAUUGCCAGCCUGUUCCGCGAUGAUAUGCAGGGAAUCGCCCUGCCCGCUCAGUAUGAGAUCCAUCCAUGGAGCUUCUUCGAUGGUCAGACCCUCGAGACGGCCGAGCACUACAAGAUGCACGGAUUCCAUAAUGUCAAGCAGCUGAACAACAUCUACAAUGUGGUUGUGAAGUCCAAUUACACCAACUACUAUGGUGAGAUAAACUACGAGCACGGCCUGGCCUAUUUCCUGGAGGAUGUUGGCUUCAAUAGCUUCUACUACUACUUCAACCUGGACUAUCCGUUCUGGACCAAGGGUGAUGACGUGCAUGUCCUCAACAAGGAUCGCCGUGGUGAGCUCUAUCUCUAUGUGCACUGGCAACUCUUGGCCCGUUACUACCUGGAGCGUCUGUCCAACGAUAUGGGUGAGAUUCCCACCUUCAACAUGUACGAACCUGUCGAUGCCGGCUUCUACAGCGGUCUACGUGGCUACAACGGUGUUCCCUAUCCCAGCCGUGACAACGAGCACAGCUUCUAUCACAAGGAUAACGUUGAGUUUGUCAAGAAUGUGGAAAUCUACACGCAGCGCAUUAUGGACUGGAUCCAUAAGAACAGCAAGCAUGAUGUGGAGGUCAUCAAUCAGCUGGGCAACAUUAUUCAAGGUAAUGUGGACAGCAUUGAUAAGCAGUUCUACGGCAGCCUGGACAAGUGGUACCGCUACAUUGUGAACGAGGGUCGUCCAUAUGGCAAGUACCAUGAGACAUACCCGGGCACCUUCAUGCACUACGAUACCUCCAUUCGUGAUCCUCUGUUCUUCGAGGUCUACAAGAACCUGCUCACUCACUACUGGCACCUGAUGGACACCUUCCCCGAGUACACCAAGGUCGACUACGGAUUCGAGGGUGUCAAGAUCGAUGCCGUCCACAUGCCCGAGAGCCUGACCACCUACUUCGAGUGGUUCGAUGCGGACAUCAGCAAUGCUGUGAAUGUGGAAACACCUGUGGAGCAUACCACUGAUGCGCUCUAUACCUUUGGACGCAACUCCUUCUACAAUGGCUCCAGCUUCGUCAUCAAGGCCCGCCAGCAGCGUCUCAACCACAAACCCUUCGAGUUCACCCUGGACGUCACUGCCAACAAGGCACAGACUGCCGUUGUCAAGGUCUUCAUUGGACCCAAAUACGAUGAGCAUGGACAUGUGAUCCCAUUGGAGCAAAACUAUCAGAACUUCUUCGAGCUGGAGCACUUCAAGGUGCAGCUCGAGGCUGGUGUGAACCACGUCAAGCGCGCCAGCGGUGAUUUCAGCUUCUGGGUCAGCGAUCGCACCACAUACUUGGAGCUCUAUCAGAAGGUGAUGGAUGCCACCAACAGUGACUACAAAUUCAAGCUGGAUCAGUCGGAAUCCCACUGCGGAGUGCCCAAUCGCAUGAUGCUGCCCAAGGGCAAGAAGGGCGGUCAGGUCUAUCAGUUCUUCUACAUGGUCUACCCAUACCAUGAGCCAACCGUUCAACAAUACUCCGGCUUCGAUCCAAUUGUCAGCUGCGGUGUUGGAUAUGGAUCACGCUAUGUGGAUGCUCUGCCCUUCGGUUUCCCCUUCAACCGACCGGUGAAACAUGACUACUACUUCGAUGUGGACAACUUCAAGUUCUUUGACGUGAAGAUCUUCCAUCGCGAUGAGCACACCAAUGUGGCCUAAACACAACGAAUUCAGCUCCCAUAUCAAAUCCAAUUCCAUGCCUCUUGAAUAAUUCACAAAUACCUCCAUAGAUCGUGUUCAAAUUCACAUGUACUUUUCUUAAAAUCAAUAAACAAUAAACGAAUCCUUAAAAUAUAAA